AUGGGUCAGAGGGGCGGAGGGGUGGAAGGGGCGAUGGGUGUGGAGGGGCGGAGAGGCCCGACGGCCUCCAUCUCACGGCCGCAGCCUCCACCUCACGGCACCAGCCUCCCCCUCACGGCACCAGCCUCCCCCUCACGGCACCAGCCUCCCCCUCGCGGCUCCAACCUCCCCCUCACGGCCACAGCCUCCCCCUCACGGCACCAGCCUCCCCCUCACGGCACCAGCCUCCCCCUCACGGCCACAGCCUCCCCCUCACGGGCCCCAGCUUCCCCCUCACGGCCACAGACCCCCCCUCACGGGCCCCAGCCUCCCCCUCACGGCACCAGCCUCCCCCUCACGGCCACAGCCUCCCCCUCACGGGCCCCAGCCUCCCCCUCGCGGUCCCAGCCUCCCCCUCAAGGGCCCCAACCUCCUCCUCGCGGCCCCAGCUUCCCCCUCACGGGCCCCACCCUCCUCCUCGCGCCUCCCCCUCACGGGCCCCACCUUCCUCCUCGCGGUCCUAGCCUCCCCUUCACGGGCCCCACCCUCCCCCUUGCGGUCCCAGCCUCACCCUCACGGGCCCCACCCUCCUCCUCGCGGUCCCAGCCUCCCCCUUACGGGCCCCACCCUCCUCCUCGCGCCUCCCCCUCACGGGCCCCAGCCUCCUCCUCGCGGUCCCAGCCUCCCCCUCACGGGCCCCACCCUCCUCCUCACGGCACCAGCCUCCCCCCACUGCCACAGCCUCCCCCUCACGGGCCCCAGCCUCCCCCUCACGCCUUCCCCUCACGGGCCCCAUCCUCCUCCUCGCGGCCCCAGCCUCCCCCUUACGGCCACAGCCUCCCCCUCACGGGCCCCAGCCUCCCCCUCACGGGCCCCAGCCUCCCCCUCACGGCCACAGCCUCCCCCUCACGGGCCCCACCUUCCUCCUCGCGGUCCCAGCCUCCCCCUCACGGGCCCCACCCUCCUCCUCACGGCACCAGCCUCCCCCUCACUGCCACAGCCUCCCCCUCACGGGCCCCAGCUUCCCCCUCACGGGCCCCAGCCUCCUCCUCGCGGUCCCAGCCUCCCCCUCACGGGCCCCACCCUCCUCCUCACGGCACCAGCCUCCCCCCACUGCCACAGCCUCCCCCUCACGGGCCCCAGCCUCCCCCUCACGGGACGUCGACAGCGGCGGACAAACAUCUGGGCCGAGGGAACGCUGACCUCCUGCUCAUGUUCAGGGAAGAGUGGAGGCUGAUACCCCAUGGAACAUUCGAAAAGGGAGAGUCCCGUGGCAAAACUGGGAAGGGUGUUCCGGACAUACUCAACCCAGACCAGUUGACGGCUCCAGCCUCCCCCUCACGGGCCCCAGCCUCCUCCUCGCGGUCCCAGCCUCACCCUCACGGGCCCCACCCUCCUCCUCACGGCACCAGCCUCCCCCCACUGCCACAGCCUCCCCCUCACGGGCCCCAGCCUCCCCCUCACGACUCCCCCUUACGGGCCCCACCCUCCUCCUCGCGGCCCCAGCCUCCCCCUCACGAGCCCCACUCUCCUCCUCGCGGUCCCAGCCUUCCCCUCACGGGCCCCAUCCUCCUCCUCGCGGCCCCAGCCUCCCCCUUACGGCCACAGCCUCCCCCUCACGGGCCCCAGCCUCCCCCUCACGGGCCCCAGCCUCCCCCUCACGGCCACAGCCUCCCCCUCACGGGCCCCACCUUCCUCCUCGCGGUCCUAGCCUCCCCCUCACGGGCCCCACCCUCCCCCUUGCGGUCCCAGCCUCCCCCUCACGGGCCCCACCCUCCUCCUCGCGCUUCCCCCUCACGGGCCCCAGCCUCCUCCUCGCGGUCCCAGCCUCCCCCUCACGGGCCCCACCCUCCUCCUCACGGCACCAGCCUCCCCCCACUGCCACAGCCUCCCCCUCACGGGCCCCAGCCUCCCCCUCACGCCUCCCCCUCACGGGCCCCAUCCUCCUCCUCGCGGCCCCAGCCUCCCCCUCGCGGCUCCAGCCUCCCCCUCACUGCCACAGCCUCCCCCUCACGGGCCCCACCCUCCUCCUCGCGACUCCCCCCCACGGUCCCAGCCUCCCCCUCACGGCACCAGCCUCCCCCUCACGGCUACAGACUCCCCCCCACGGCACCAGCCUCCCCUUCGGCCCCAACCUCCCCUCUUCUUAAAACACUCAAACACACUCUGCACAGCUGCACCGCUCCGCUCCCCUCAUCCAGCCCUGCCAAAGAACUGGGGCUCCAUGCUUCCUGCCUUUGA